GGGAGACUCUUCAUUCCUCCAAUCCAUCCCGGAUAGUUCAAUGGGCAUCCAUGUUCAGCGACUUGAUACCGAUGUACUUCAUGAACUACCAUGGAUCUCAAUCCGAGGUGGAAGUUUUCAAGACUAUGGAUGAGGGAGUCCGGCUGUUCGGGAUCGAGCAUAUUGUCCUAGACAAUUUGCAGUUUCUUCUUGGUGCUGGUGGAACUCGUUUUGAUGAUCGGUUUCAUCGUCAAGACCAGUUUGUGCAAAAACUGCGCACCUUCGCCAAUGAACGGCCUGUGCAUUUGACCGUCGUGGCUCAUCCCAGAAAGGAAGAUGUAGAUCGUCCACUCACCAUAUCCAGUCUGUAUGGGGGUGGAAAGCUGGCACAGGAAGCCGAUAAUGUGUUACUUAUCCAAAUGGAGACAAACACUGCGUAUCCGAAAAAAUUUGUCCAAGCCGUGAAAAAUCGGUACGACGGAACCUUGGGGAGCAUGGACUUGAUAUUUCACAAGGAGCGCCUCUCGUAUCGACCACAGAGCAGAGAGUUAAUAGUUAAAAGCUCCGCAAGAAGCUGUGCAUAACAACCACCCCUCCCACACAAGCAUCAUCGAAGACCUGAAUCUGUGCAUUUCCCUCUUUUUCCUCUCCGCAUCAAGAAACCUGGUCUGCUCACCUAUCAGCCUUAUCAAGAGAUCUUUAUCAUUCCUUUUUCUACACUCCUCUUGUUAUCCGGACAAUCACAAUCCCUAUAAAACUGUGCCAAAUC